UUGCAACAAAAAUAAACUGAGAAACCUCCUUUAUAACAUUAGCACAGAUAAAAUACCAAAACCAAAUCACUCCUUAAAUAAUUUAAAGACUCGAAAGAGCCAACAAAAAGCUAAUCCAGCCGCAAAAAAGUAUAACAGUUCAUGAUAAGACGUUGAGCUUUUUUUUUUUAAUACAAAAUGGCGUCUGUCGUCAGAGUCGAUCUCCUUGGUCCGGUAUAUAUAGUGGUGCUCCGUGUUUAAUCCUUACAGUUCAUUCGGUAAACACAAUGAAAUCGUUCGUAAUUCUCUGUAUCGUGGUGGCUGGUAUUAACGCGCAUAGCGUUCAUCUCCCAGAAACCCAAAAAGAAAAAGCACAGGCGAUCAGCAAAGAAUGCAUCAAAGAAUCUGGCGUGAAGACUGAAGUUCUAGAAGAAGCAAAGAAAGGCCACCUGAGCGAAGACGAAACUUUCAAGAAAUUCGUCCAUUGCUUCUUCCACAAGGCCGACAUCGUUAACGCUGAUGGAAAACUGAACUUGGAUGUUGCUCUUGCGAAGCUACCGCCCGGUAUCGACAAAGCUGAUGCCGAGAAACUGUUGAAGGGUUGCAUGAACCACACUGGCAAGGACGCAGUUGACAAGACUUACGAAAUCUUCAAAUGCUACUACCAUGGAACAAAGGUUCAUAUUCUGUUCUAAUUUUGAGGUUCAACAUGCCUGUCUCUAAUUAAAACACUCACUCAAUUUGAAAUGCUUCUUAAAUGGUCGUUAAAUCUCAUGCUCGUGUAGUCAUGGCCGUGUACGGAAAUGUCAUUACUUUAAGUCGUUUUAUGUCUCACGCUGUUUCUGUCAUUUUUAAAUGAAUUUUGGAGACAGAUAGACGUAUAAAAAAACUCCUUUUAAUUAAUUUGCCAAACAAUACUAAACAGUAUUGGUUGACAUUUUAUUGCAAUCUCUACACGACUCACCUUUCAGUAACUUAUGACUCCAUCUCUACGGUAUUUAAAAUUUAAUAAAGCCUUAAUUAAUAUCCUUAUUUAGAAGCAUGGAAUGUAUCUGAAGGAUCUUGAAUUAAAAUGAAGAAAUCGAGUUCUUACAUAAGACAUCCUUUUUGGAUGUAAACCAAGGCAGACAGGUCUUAUUUCAUUGAAACAGUUAUAACUAAGUAAUUUAUGCUGUUAUUUAUUUAUAUUUAACAAUAAAAUAUUUUCGUAUCAUA